UUGUUUAAUUGUGGUAAAAAUCGUCAUAUUUGGUCAUUUACAGAUGCUAAAGAUCCAGUUACUGGGCUGCUAUCGUUAAAGAAGACUCGGUUGGUCGACGUCAAUUGGGCACGAUUCAUAUCAUUCCUUGUUUGGUACGACGAUAACCUAUUAGCAGUUGCUCGUUGUGAAAAUGACCGUAUCAUUAAAAUCGACUUGGAAACUGGCGUUGUAACUGUCGUCCAAGAACCAAGUGUAGCAGUAGUCUGGAUGGGAGUCACACCAUUGUCGAACAUGGUGGUGGUAGCUACUACGAAUGGGAUGUUUGAGGAAAUAAUGAAAGAUGCCGAAAUACGUCUGAAAUUUCAAGUGCCACCUUCAGAGAGCUACGACGUGAAAUUUGCUGGUGAUGUCAUCGUAGUUCUAACACCGGACCAUGAGUUAUUCGUUAACGGUCGACUAUUCGCCGACUCUGUGACGUCCUAUUUGAUCUCGGAUGACGUCUGUAUUUAUAUUACGUUGAACAACAAACUGCGAUUCAUGUCACUGACUACUUCUGAAAACCUCUGUUCUGGUACGUUUUUUUUAAAAUGA